CAAAGAAGCAGAGGUAUCGAACUCGAAGCGUACUCCAGAGGAGAUAAAGCUUCGGAAGAGGCCACUUUGUUUGCUUCGGGUGGUGUGGUGUGGUGGGACAGAACUUAACAGCCCAACCGCUAGAGCUGGGAGAAUUUCGGCUUUGAGGUCGACACCAUGCCUUCUUCCUUCCUGCGCUCCGCUGCCGAAAGAGCCACUCGCGCUGCAAUGUCCUUGACCCCUCAACGCGCCGACCAAACUGUCAGCGUGUUCACCUUAUUGCCAGAAACAUCUUGGGCUAGAGAAUGGAGUUAAGAGUGCCGCGACUGAGCUUCAAUUCGCUGGUGCUGCUCCUUCCGCUCUGCCGACUGCCGGCCUGUAUCUCUGCCUCAUCCGUUGUAUAUCACAGGUUUAAGCCGUUUUAUCCAGGUUGAGAAGAGUUAUAAGCUAAGAACUUUGCUCUCAUGAAGAGCACUUGGUGAUUCUUCUCAAGAGAAGUUGCACUAAGAAAGCAUACAGUAACAAUGGCUGAAAUGGAAGAUGCGCUGAGAUCCUGCAUGGAGCAGCUGCUCAUUGCCAGAGAAGAGCGGGAGCAAAUCAUCGUGGAAGCAGCCAGCGAGAUAUCCUCCCAGCAAAAGAAGCUGCGUGAACUACAGCACAGCCUCGAAGCCGCGAACAAGAAGGCCGCGAAGCUCGCCGCCGAGAACAACAGCCUCUGCAAGGCCAUGGACGCCAAGGACAAGCUCGUCAGGGAGCUGAGGGAGUCCAAGGCGGCCUCCGACCAGGAGCUCUCCGGCGCGGCGGCGAAGCUGGACGCGGCGCAGAAGCAGAGCGCGUCGCUGCAGUACGAGGCACGCAUGCUCCAGAAGGAGCUGGAGGUGAGGAGCCAGGAGCGGGAGUACGACCUCAGGUCCGUGGAUGCCGCCCGCGCGCAGCAGGCGGAGAGCCUGAAGAAGAUCGCGCAGCUGGAGGGCGAGUGCCAGCGGCUGCGCGCCAUGGUCCGGAAGCGCCUCCCCGGGCCGGCCGCCUUGGCCAAGAUGAGGGACGAGGUCGAGCCGCAGCAGCAGCCGCCGCCGUCCAGGGCCGGGGCCAGCCCGAGGCGGCCGCGCUCCGUGACGCCGACAGUGUCGCCGCGUUCGGUGACGCCGACGAUGUCGCCGCGGCCCGUGACGCCGCGGCGCGCUCCGGAGCCUGAUCAUGGCUACGCCGUCAGGCUGCGCGCGAUCGAGGACGAGAACAACGUUCUGAAGCGGAUGCUGGCGGCGAGAGACACCGAGCUGCAGUUCACGCAGACGAAGUACGCGGAGGAGGCCAGCAAGCUGUCGGCGGUGCAGGGGCAGCUCAAGGAGCUGACGGAGGAGAGCAAGCGGCUGAGCGAUGCACACGCCAAGUCCGAGACGUGGGCCACUGCUCUGGUGUCUGAACUGGACCAGCUCAGGGCUGGGAAGCAGGGACAUGGAGCAUCGUCCGUCAUGGUGUCCGACAUGAGCUUGCUCGACGACUUCGCCGAGAUCGAGAGGAUGGAGAUGGAGUCAGGGGAUCAUCACACAUCAGGACAUUCGGGAUCCGUCGUGCCCGACAAGAACGGCGAGAGCCCGGUCCUAGAACAUGGUCAUCCUGAAUGGCUGCAGGAUGUUUGGAAACUCGUUACAAGUAACCAUGAAGCAACCGGAGAAAGCAUCGACGCCAUUGUUGAUGGAGUAAGGCGUGCAUUGGACGAGGGCCCUGUUCGUGGGAACGGAGAUGCUUCUGAUCUACUGUAUGACCGGGCCAAAGUGGAGGAACUGAUCGGCAAUCUGAUCGACAAAAUCACGUCCACGAUCCGCGUUUCGGCAGAAGACGAUGCUGCAAGAUCUGAAUCUUUGUUGUAUGCCAAGCCUGAACUCUGUGCUCGGCUCGAGUACCUGGUUCAUGUUUGCCAUGAUGUGCUACAGAGGAAAGCCAGGCUUGAAGAUUUUAUCGACGAGGUUUGCCUGGUACUGGAGUAUAUAAUGAGCAUAUACUUCUCGAACCAAGUUCGAUCGGACACCGUGGACGGUAACGAAAAUGACUUUCAUGCACAUGUUGAACCUGACGUGCAAAGUGCAACAUCAGCAGCAACAGCAUUGGAUAUCCAAACUGAAGCACAAAAGGAACAGAUUCAGCCACCUGAAUGUCAGCACCCUGAAAAAAUUCAAGCAAUGGUCAUGCUGGAUCAGAAUGAUGAUAUCCAACUGGGGAGGAAGUCGUCAUACUAUGAGAUAGAAAGUCUCACUGCUGAUGGAAUGGGAGAAGACUUGGCACAAAAGGAGGCGAAACAACUAGCAACGGACUCAGAGAUAUCUGCAGCAGCUGACAAACUUGCAGAGUGCCAGGAGACCAUCACGAACCUAAGCAAACAAUUGCAGGCUCUCCAGACUCCGCCGAGUUCAGGCCCUCCAGACAUCUCAACGCACAGCCCGCGGCCGAGCUCGGCUGACUACAAGCCCCAGUCACUUGGAAGCAUCCUUGCCGACGAGGGCGCCAGCACAGCCGAGGGUCAGAACUCUCCCGAGAAAGAACAUGGCGAGCCUGACGACGCGGCAGCACGAAAGAGCACGGCACAAGAGCAGAUUCCUGACGCCGACGGGAAGGCGUCAGCGGCGCAAGCCGUUGUUCAGCCGUUGGUCAAGGAGCAUGAGGCUGCUGCUGAUCCUCGGAAGAAGAAGCGGGGUCCGGGCUUGCUGGGCAGGAUGAUCUUCAGGAAAAGAGUGGAGGGCAGGUCCUCCUAGACUGUGUUGUGCGAGUGUGUGUGCGAUUUGGCCCUAGUGCAACGGUGCAUACUUUUUGGCCAAAUGUUCAAUUGUACUGGCAGAGUCUGAAGCCUGGUGUUGAGAGACUCUGGAACAUGCUGUUUAUCGAAUUUGUUGUUGUUGACAUGAACCUGAGUAUUUAUGGAAUGCAUUGCUGUGUAAAUGUUUUUUUUUUUGAAAUGUGUAAAUGUUUAUUUAAUAAACAUCAUGUAAUUUUAUGUGGAGUAUUCUAUAUUUUAUCCUCUAAUUGUGAUGUUAUGAUAACAUUUAUCCUUUUUAAAAACUCAUGCCACAUUUCACCUCUUAGUUAAAACAGAGUGCUCCCUCCGUUCUAAAAUAAGUGUCGUGGUUUCAGUUCAAAUUUGACAAAGUUAAGUAAAACAUUCUUGUCUUAUCCACAUUGGACAAAGUUAAGUAAAAAUAGUGUCCAAGUAUAAAUACUAACAAAAAAACGUUCUUUUGCGGAAGAAAAAAAAACAUUGAUGAUCUACGACGAUAGAUGCUUGGGAUUGACUGACUUAGGGUUAGGGUGUCUUAGGUCACAAACUAGACGGCCCACAUGUCAGUGACUCUAAGGCCCUGUUUGGAAUCUCUCCACUCCGCUCCACUCCAUGGAGCUGCGGAGCUCGGUUUGAGCUGCUCCGUAAAAAGCUGCAGUAGCCUGCUCCGCUCCGAGAGCUCAGUCGCGGGAGCGGAGAGGAACCAAACAGGCACUAAGUCACCUGAUGUUACGUCAGCCAAUCUAUGCCCAACAAUAGAUGUCUUGCGUACAAUUAGACAAAUAAAGUGAUUACCUUUUUUGCGGUGAUAAGUAAUGUACUAUUUGAACCUUUUGGUGGUCUUUUAUGUCAUUUCUCCGAACUGACAAACCAGACCCACAUGUUAGGAUGACGUGGCAGGAUAACUGGGAGGAUAACUCGCCUGCUAGUGUAUCCAUCUUGUCAGAUUAGAGAACAUGUAAAUAAGAUAAAAGUGUCGCAAUGUCAUAACUAAGAGAUAAAACAUGGCAAAAAAAGUUUAACAGAGUAAAAGUUGUCACAAAGACACACUUAUCUUUAUAAAGAUAAGUUAUUGUGGUGGUACAUCACCUUCUCAUCCCAUACACGUAAGACAUCUUUUGACUACUUCCCACACUCAUGUGGCCUAAGAGGCAAUGUACUUCGGUUGUAGAACUUAUACUGAUCAGGUCUCCAUCCACCAACUCCUUCCACAAUUCAAAACCCAAUCAGAUAUUUUGUUGUCCCUCCAUCCAGAUUUUGCUUUGUUCCCUUCUAUUCAAUGAAAAAUACAAAGAACUUCGCACAUUUCAAAGUAUCAACUGAUUUCAUCACAACUUCGGUUUAUGACUCCUCCGCGCAUUGAUCUUCAUGAAAGUCAAACUUCAUAAACUUUAACCAUAUUUAUACAUCGUCAUGAAGGAUAUACCAUACUAUUUAUCGCGAAAGAAAGAUCUUCGUUAAAUAAGGAGCAGUAUUAUAGUCAUCCGUCAAACUUGUAUCCAAGGUAUUGAUUUAGUAUUCUAGAUGUUGAUUUUUUUUAUAACUUGAUCAAAGUUUACAUGGUCUGACUUCAAAAAUCUAAUGCGCACUAUAUUUGAGAUAGAUGGAGAGAGUACAACAAAGAAGAAGGCAAUUAGUGGCAGCGAUCCGUUACCUUCUGUGAACACGGGGGCGGCAGUUUGGCUCCCAGGAGCAUAUGCUCCCGGGUGAAUAAUAUCUAAAAAUAUAGAAUUAUUUUUCAAAAAAUUCUGAAAAUAUUUGUAGAAGUUGUGUUGGUGUCGCAAGCAUGCUUGACAAUUUUCUUGUGGAAAGGAGCAGCGGUGUUUUGUCGGUGAAAAGGACAAAUUUGAGUUGACAUUUUGUCUUCGAUUUUAUUUUUUUGCACAGGCCAAAAUGCUUAACCUUUUUGUCUCAAAAUUUACAGGUAGCAUUUGUAUGUGACAAAUAUCACAAAAAUAGUUUGUCUCAAUUUUUUGGACAUUUAAAAAAAAUUGGCCCCGGGAGCAUGUGCUCCCGGAAGCCAAAUUUAAUUUCCCCUGUUUUCACCCGUUACACUUAGGACCAGCCUUCGAACCCUACACGUAGGAUCAAUUUUCUCCUCCUUUGAUUAACUCCCACUACUACUAUGAUCCAGGACGCAAUAUAGCUUGAUUGUCCUUAUAUCAGAACUUUGUCGACCGACUCCUUGCACAAUUCAAAUCUGAAUCAGACAACCUCAAUCCAGAUUCUGCUCUGUUCCUCUCUAUUCAGAGUACAGUACAGAGGCAAUGAACUUCAUAAUGUGGGACUAAUAGCUACAACGUUUUGGAAACUUCUGUCAACUGUACUCUGGUUAAGGUUCAGUAACACCCAAACCCUUUACUAUUGAGGCAAAAUAAAGUGGAAUGUACUCUUACUUUACUGGAAAAAACGUCUGAGUACCAUUUCUGUUCUCUUAUGGAUGUCAUUUUGUGAUGCAUGCAGUCAACAUUUUGAAGUUUCAAAACCUGGCGGUAGCAUAUGGUACUUGACAGUAUUUUGGAUUCGUCAUGCACAAAUGCAUGCUAUAUACAUAGAUCAAUGACAAAAUAU